CCCUCAUUGACGGGAAUGCCUGUUGGGCUAUAUAAAGAAACCACGAUCGGAAAAUCUAUAAAAGCUCAUUCUAGUAGACUUAAUUAUUGUGUGCUUGUUUUUACAAAGCCAAGAACUCACCAGUAAUCUGACGCGUACAGAAACACGCAACCUAUUUGAUGAACAGUACAAAUUAUACAGACGCAGAUUAGAAAUACAUCUCUACAGUAUGUUUACUACAUUCUGUAUCUAUUUUUAAAAAAACAAUGGGAGAAAGGAACUCCCACGAAAGAUUAAUUGGCAAUGUGACAACAAAACAGUGUCAUCAUCAUGGCAAGCCCGAACUAUGUGCACCUUCGGGAACGGAAUAUGCAGAGCCUUGCCAGCGUAUGAACGAUUUGCACCUAUCUGAGCAUUCGGAAAACGUUGAAAGAGAGAGCGCUGCCUCAACUUCUGAGAUUUCGCCAAGCGUCCAAGCCACGGCUAACAUGGCCGAGGUGUCAGUCUCAACAGCAAUUCAAAGGGAAGCAAAGAUGAAGCCCAGAGUGUGGAUCCUGAAAGAGAAACUCUGACGAUGAUUGGAAAUGGACGGCCGAAAUACACUGAGAUGGCAUCUUUGGCGAAAAGACUUAAAUCUUUUGAGAGAUGUUUUAAUCUAAUUAAAAGCAAGGAAGAACUAGCUGAGGCUGGAUUCUAUUACGACGCUGACGGAAACUGUACCAGGUGCUUUGAGUGUGGAAUAGGUUUGACAAAUUGGCAGCCAAGCGAUGACGUAUGGAUAGAACAUGCUAAAUUUAGAAAAACAUGCGCUUGGCUAUUAGAAAAAAAGGGACAGAAAUUUAUUGACGACGUAGCACAGAUUCGUGACCAGAUGAAUGGAAAGUAGUCUCUAUGAUGGUUUAUCUGUUCACUUGGAAAAAUCAGCGAAGAGGCGCUGAGCCAUUGUUUCAAAGCAAAGAAUGGCAGCUAUAAACACAGACUUAUCAGUCAUUGGGUACACUUAUGAAGAUAUCCAGAAUAUGGCUCAGUCUAUUUUGAAAAAUACUGAACUGCGACCCAAAAUAGGAAUUAUCUGUGGUACAGGACUUGGUGGUAUAGCAGAUAUUGUUGAAAAUCCAAUCACAGUUUCUUACGACACAAUAAAAGGCUUUCCUGUUAGCACAGUAAAAGGACACUCAGGAAAGUUUGUUUUUGGAACUAUCAAGGGUAAAGAAGUUCUACUUAUGAUGGGAAGAUUUCAUUAUUAUGAGGGUUAUCCAAUGUGGAAGGUUGCCAUGCCUGUGCGAGUCAUGAAAGCUAUGGGAAUAGAAGUGCUUCUGCUGACCAAUGCUGCAGGUGGCCUAAAUCAGGACUACAAGACAGGCGACAUAAUGAUUUUGAAAGAUCACAUUGAUUUGCCUGGAUUGACUGGGGAGUGCGUUCUGAUUGGCAAAAAUGAUGAAAGGUUCGGUCCAAGAUUUGUGGCUACUAAUGGUGCAUAUGAUGUAGAAUUAGGGAAAAAAUUUCUGCAAAUAGCUACUGAGCUUGGUCAUGGUAGCAUUAUGAGAGAGGGUAUCUACAUCAUGAUUGGUGGACCUACGUUCUCAUCAGCCGCUGAAGCCAGAGUCUUACGCAUGUUUGGAGCUGAUGCUGUUGGCAUGAGCACAGUUCCAGAAUCAGUUGUGGGCAGACACAGCAGCAUGAAAAUCUUUGGAGUGUCACUCAUCACGGACAUGGUGGACCUUGAUGUCGGCUCACAGUUUCAGGUCACUCACGAGGAUGUUCUUAGAACUGCCAAUGAGCGGGCACUUAUACUGCAAGAUAUAUUUGUCAAAUUUGUACAGCAAAUUUAAGUUAAAGUUUGUGAUUAGGGAAAAUGAGUCAAAAGAUCAAUGAUUGCAGAUUAGCACUUUUGAUGAGAUUAACAAUAAGUAUAAGCUAGAUGUAAUCAAGGAGUAAAUGAAAUCAGUAAGAUGAGAUGUUAAAACUAUAAGUUAAAUAAUGUAGCGAGAAUGUAGUUGGAAUAUCUCUAAGCAUUUCUUUAUAGUGUAUCCUUUUUACAUCUUGUUCAAUAUUACUUUAUCCUACAGUCCUUAUUUAUUAUUCACCUUAUAUGUACACCUGUCAAUAAAGAGUUGAUAGCAAAACGCUGUAUCCACCAUUUUCAAAAAGAAAAUUUUAUUACUGUGGUCUAAAUUUUAUAAGUACUGUGAAGAAACUAUUGACUAUAACUAGAUCAUCUUACAGUUUUGAAAAUGAAAAUAAAGCAUUUUGACUAUGAACUCUUCAUAUAUUUAAACCUGGGCAUUUGAACUUCCUCUUUGUGCUAAUACAACUAUUUGCAGUGCUUUCAAAUGACUUGUACACAUUGCAUUUGGUAGUCAAAUUGUAUUUCAUUUAUCACAAACUGAUAUAUAGGAGCCAUUCCUAAUUAUAAAGAAAAAAUUUACAAGUAAAUUAGAUUUUGUGCAAGUAGUUUGUUCUCCAAUCAAUUUGAUGUACUUGCAAAAGGUUCACCGUUUUUCAUUUCUUUAAAAAAUAUGUGUUCAUAUUUCUACAUGAGAUUAUCUAGACAUGUUUUUUCUGGUGAUAUUGUUUAUAGAAAAAUGUUGUCUUUAUUUCUCUGUGACAGAAUCACUUACACUAUUUUUUCAUAAAUCUGAAUUUAAUUCAUUUUCUUUUUUACCUAUAUAAUUCGUUUAUCGUGUAAUUUUGUUAUCUAAAAAUUUGAUAGGAGAUAUAAACUCAUUAAAUGAGUGUCUCUGUGUAUUUACAAACAGUUCUUGGAUUUGUUAUUGUCUGUAUACAGCAGAAUCAUUGGAGAUGUAACAGUUUUUGUUUUCUUUUAUAAUGUUUCUAUUUUGAUAUUGUAUUGAAUCAAAAAUUUGAUCUCACUUUCAAAUAGCAACAAAGUUCAUGUAUUUAAAUCUGUAGAAAGACUAAAGACACUAUUUGUUACUUUAAAAAAUUAAUAAUAAUAUAUAAAUUGAUUUCACCACUUGCUUUUAAAGGUCAGAAUGUAUUAAGUUUUUAUUUUCUAUUACGCUUAUGGUCACUUUGAUCUUACAAUGAAAGGUCUUAAGAGUCAGAAAGUGACUAUGCCAUUUCUUAAGGUUCUUACUUUUUUUUUUUUUAAGUGAAAUAUAAUAUGCAUUUCAAUUAUUUUUUUAAAUUAAGCUUUCUAUAAAUAUACAUAAUACAGUUAAUGAGCAUAAUUCAUUUUGGAUCAAAAUAACUGAAAUAUUUAUAUUUGCUUGUCAAAAGCUUGUGGCAUUAUUGUUUAUGUUUUAACAAAUGGCAUUGCUCAAUUGUAUUCAAGAUUGUCUUCUUUUUUUAUGUGUGAGUGUGACAUUUUCUCAAGUUGUAUUAAGAUAAAAUAACAAAUACAUUUAAGCUGAAUUAAUUGAUUGCUCCAAUUGAAAGUUAAAAUAUGUAUAAAAAUGCAUAGAGACACACACAAAACAAUUUUUUUUUCUUCAGUUAAUAAAGUACUGCAAUUUUAUUUUUAAAUCCAGUUAAUAAAGUACUGCAAUUUCAUUUUUGAAUCCAUCUUGCAGAUACUUUUUUUUAAUCCAAAUGAAAAUUCAUUAAAAGAAAAAAAAAACAAAUUUAGUAUUAAAAAACAUCAAAAUUUAUUUUGUAACAUAUUUUACUGCUAUACAUUUUUGCUUUUAAUUUCAAUCUAGACAGAAACCAUAAAAGCACAAAACAUUUGUAUUGUUUACAGAUGAUUAUUUACACAAUGAUGUACAUGACAAUGAUAGAUGACUUGGACAUUUUUUUGUGGGGAUAUAUAUUUAUCUUUUUUCUAUCUUUAUACAAAGUCUAUAGAUUGAUGUUAAUUUAACCUUUGAAAUAGAUUAGUACAUUUCCGUAACAAUCUUUUUAGAAAUACAUUUACACUAGCUAAUAAUUUUGUUUGUAUCCUCUAGCAGCUUUGUGAUGUAACAAUAAAACAUCCUUAACAUUGA